UCUUUACAACCAGAAGCAAUUGACUACCUCAAGCACUAGCCAUGCCUCCCAAGUUCGAUCCCUCCGAGGUGAAGGUCAUUCACCUCCGUGCGACCGGUGGUGAAGUCGGUGCCUCAUCCGCCCUCGCCCCCAAGAUCGGUCCUCUCGGUCUUUCCCCCAAGAAGGUCGGUGAAGAUAUCGCCAAGGCCACUGGUGACUGGAAGGGUCUCCGUGUCACUGUCAAGUUGACCAUCCAAAACCGUCAAGCCGCCGUCUCCGUCGUUCCCUCCGCUUCCUCCCUCGUCAUCAAGGCCCUUAAGGAGCCUCCCCGAGACCGCAAGAAGGAGAAGAACAUCAAGCACACCAAGUCUGUUCCUCUCGAUGAGAUCAUCAGCAUUGCCCGCACCAUGCGCUUCAAGUCCAUGGCCAAGGACCUGAAGGGUACCGUUCUUGAGAUCCUCGGAACUGCCUUCUCCACUGGCUGCAAGGUCGAUGGCCGCAGCCCCAAGGACAUCUCCGACGACAUCAAGGCCGGCGAGAUUGAGAUUCCUGAGGAGUAAGCGUUAGCACUAAGAAGUGUUCAACGAUCACGAUGGAACGAUACAUGCCAUAGAGGGUGCUACAUAGCUGAAUGAGGAUCAUGUCUCCCACCAGAGUUAGCCAUCUCGGGACCGGUGGAGUUUGCACAGCUGCGGCGUUUGGGAUUUUUGAUACCAUACCACAAAAGUGACCCAGGCAUACGACAAUGAUACAAUGCAUUUGUCAAAUCAACAUCCAAUUCUUCGAUUUGCUGUGACUCGAUCUCUGUGGACAACAUCAGCAUGUUUACUGCACAUACCAUAUCUCAUUAACUCUGCUGUAAUGCUACUCAGUACAGAGGGCUGAGACCACUGUCAUCAAAUAUCCAAGCCAAUUCAAGCGACCAACCAAAGCUUCUGUGA